AUGCUGCUUGCAUCGGCGUCGUCGUUCCGCGGCACCCAGCACGGCGCACAUCAUCACCAUCCCCUCACUUAUCAUCAGAGUAGCUCCAUUUAUGGCGCAGGCGGUGCCACACCCGAGACGUCGGCUCUUUACCAGAGCCUCGGCAGCAUCAACGUCACCGGCAGCACGAACAGCAACAACCCGUACAUCGGGGUGCGCAUGACGCCGGAGACGACGCAACUGCAACCACAGUCGGUCGCGCAUGGCCGCAGUUCCGAGGCGGACCCCCGCACCGCGGUGUUGGAGACCAACACACAUUCACUAUCCGCCCAUGACACUCAGCCACUAGAGCUUCCCCUGCUGCGGGAGUCAAACCAGUACGAGACAGGGUUCAGGGAAGCGCAGCAGCGCUGGAUGACAGCGGCAUUGCCGACGCAGGUGGUGCCACUCUACGCGAACGGCUCGCGCCACAGUAACCCGCAGUCGUCUCCACUUACCGCUGCACUGGGAGAAAGCAAUAGAAACUCCAGCAGCACAGCUCGCACCGCCUCAGCGGACUACGCCAUCGUGACGAAUCGCUUGCAGGAACUCAUGCCCCCCGCGAUAACCCCGAAUGAGAGCACUGGCCUUGAGCCUCGUUCCACGGUGCACCAACGAGAGCAACAACAACAACAGCAGCAACGACCCUUCUCGCUGCCCUCACAUAGCGGAACACCCCACGAGGGCUGUGUGCGUAGCUACUCACCACGCAGUGCCGCACAGCAGCAAUGGGCGACGCCACAACAGCCCGCCCUCUAUAUUUCCCCGUCCCACGCGGUAGCCAUGUCAACGAUGGGAUCGACAACUGUCUCCAGAGGCACCAGCAUGGGUGACACCAGCCGCAGCCACAGCGUCGCCCGCGGUGCGACGGGGCAGCUCUCUCCCUUGUCCACCAUCGCGUCGACCGUCUCGCCAGUGCCGCUGGCGGAGGUGGAACUGGUACCCGACAUCUACAACAGCUCCAGUCUUACUGACUCCAUUGCAGAGGAUGAGGUUCAUCGUCAACAGGAAACCAGCAGAACUCGGUCACCCCAUCGCCCGUGUACAGCGGUGGGUCGUGCACGGCCGCGGUACGCUGCUCAUUCACCGCUCUCAACACCACCACCUUACCACAACGUGUGCGCUGAUGCGCUAAACUCGACACAGACAGAGCUACUGAGCGACACAGAACCGCGACUCACACCCGCCUCUGCUGGAACGUCCGCAGGACUGCUCUCUCCGCGCCAGCAAAGCAACCACCAUGCUGCGAGUGCGUGUUCGGCAGAGGAUGAAAAAGUUCACGACUACAGCGACGUGCGUCGCCCAUUUCAGCACAGCUAUGGCGGAGCGUCGCCAGCAAAAGAGAUGGCGGCGCACAUGCUGGAGGAGGCUGAGGCACCUAAGAACCGGCAAUCGCCAUCGGCGCAGCUCGUGCCUGCCGGUGCAACGAACCCCGACAAUGACGCCGCGCAUGCGCCCAAAGAGCGCGAUACACCGCUCCACCGCUCAGUGGAUCGCGCACAGGUCGAGAAUGACGUCGAGGACUCCGACAAGGAGGGAAAGGGCGACGAUGACGACGGUGACGAGGGCUCUGUCGCCACUGCAGAUCCCGCGCAGACGAGCAAAGGCAAAAAGAAAAGACGCGUGCGUCGUAAUCGCAAGGCAAAGGUGCUGGAGGAUUUGCCUCCGGUCACGUCCAUGAAGUACCUCCCGCCACCGCCACCUCCGGUGACGUCGGUGCUACUCGACCUCGCAGGUGCGGCCUCGGCCAACGCGUCAUCGCCGUCGGCGUUCGACAAGUACUACGCGGUGCUGCUGCGAUGGUACACGCGCCUACUUGCCGACGAGGCCGACGUCGUGGACACCGCCAACGCGUGUAGCUUUGACGCUACUACGGCGGCGGCUGCAAUGGGUGCGGAGGCGUGUCAGAUCCGUGGUGGCAGCUACGCCGCGGCUGGCAAGCCACCGUCUGGCUGGUUACUGCAGUCCCUACACUCUGGCCCCAUCAGCCCACCUAUGGGUCCCAUUUCUCCGACGCUCAUGUCGAACCCGGCGCCUGCCUACUUUGGCGGUAGUGGCGGCAACGCUGAGGUGCAUGUGCGAUGCCCCCGCAUUGAGCAGUACAUGGCGUUGUGCGACAUUCCAGCCGAGCUGCGUCUCGCCCUUAACCCCAACACGGCAGUGAAGUUGCCUGGUGGCAACAAGGCGGAGGCCACAGCGGAGACGCAGGUGAUCGGCUCUGCCACGGUGGUGCUGCCGCAGUCUGUGAAAGACGUGCCGAGCGCAGUGCGUUGGGCACACGACCUCGAGACGUGGUGGUUCUGCUACGUCUUCCCGCACGUGGCGCACACGCGUCACCAGCCGCCAGCUACGUGGCCGCCGCCGCAACAGCAGCAGCAGCCGGCCUCCAUGUCGCCCGUUGGUCUCACCAUCUCGCACCCAGGCGCUGGUACAGUCGGGUACGAUUAUUCGUACGGCUGGCCAACCGCGAUGUCGCAGCCGAUGAUAAACCCCAUACCAGUCGCGUACGGCGCGCAUGGCAGUCGUGUGAUCGACGGCGCCCAUCCCAUGAUCGGAAACGGGAUUAGCUCGUCAGUGUAUGAGCACAUCCCCAUGCAACCCCAGUUGCCAGCCCCUCUACCGCCGAUGCCGCCAGGUUACUUGAUGAGUGUAUACUCAGCCUACUAA